CAUUUGCUCACCAGACUAUCAGUGCUUUGAUCAAAGCUGAGCUGGCAGAAUUACCCUUAACACUUUUUCUUCAAGGGGCUCUAGCUGCUGGAGAAAUUGGUUUUGAAAAUCAUGAAACAGUAGCAUAUGAAUUUAUGUCCCAGGCAUUUUCUCUUUAUGAAGAUGAAAUCAGUGAUUCCAAAGCACAGCUGGCUGCCAUGACCUUGAUCAUUGGUACUUUUGAGAGGAUGAGGUGCUUCAGUGGAGAGAAUCAUGAACCCUUGAGGACUCAGUGUGCACUUGCUGCAUCCAAACUUCUGAAGAAGCCCGAUCAGGGCCAAGCUGUGAGCACCUGUGCACAUCUCUUCUGGUCUGGCAGAAACACAGACAAAAAUGGGGAGGAGCUUCAUGGAGGCAAGAGGGUAAUGGAGUGCCUUAAGAAAGCUCUAAAAAUAGCAAAUCAGUGCAUGGACCCCUCUCUACAAGUGCAGCUUUUUACAGAAAUUCUGAACAGAUGUAUCUAUUUUUAUGAAAAGGAAAAUGAUGCGAUAACAAUUCAGGUUUUGAACCAGCUUUUCCAGAAGAUUCUAGAAGACCUCCCAGAUCUUGAGUCCAGUGAAGAAGCAGAGCAGAUUGACAAACAUUUUCAUAACACACUGGAGCAUUUGCGCUUGAGGCGGGAAUCACCAGAAUCUGAGGGGCCAAUUUGUGAAGGUCUCAUCCUUUAAAAAGGAAACAGGCUAACCAUACUCCUUUCCAUUUACAUCCAGUAAGGUUUUAUUAUACUAGGUUUCCCUCCAUAGUUUGUGCCUUUCAGAAAUGCUGAGGUAGGUUUCCCUCUUCUUACCUGUGAUGUGUUUUACCCAGCACCUCCAGACACUCACCUUCAGGUCCUUAAUAAAGUUAUUCACUUCGUAAAUGUUCAGGUCUGGCUGAUCACCCAGGUAGCAU